UAUCACUAAUAUUCCAUGUAAGCUCAUUUAACGAUUCUGAGCAGAUAUAUAUAUAGGGUCAUCGCUGCAUGGAAUCACCAUAAUCCAUCAAGGAAAAGGUGUAUUUAGACGUGUUAGAAUACUCGAAUUCCGCUGGCUCUUGUCAAAAAGAAAUUUUCAAUUGAAAGAACUUCUCUUAAAUUAUUUUACGAGUUCAAGAAAGCAUAAAAUCUACAAUGUUAGGACCCUUUUUGAAGCUGAAUAAUGGCCUCAAGUGCCCUCAAUUCGCUUAUGGCUCUUAUAUGAUUAACCGUUCUAAAUGCUUUGACUCUGUAUAUGCUGCUUUACAGUGUGGCUAUCGUCAUGUUGAUUCUGCUCAAAUGUAUUUCAACGAAGGAGACUGUGGUAGAGCCAUCCUUCAAUUUAUGAAGGAUACUGGCACCAAACGUGAAGACAUUUGGUAUACCAGUAAACUUAACAACUUGGCUGGAUACACUGCUACUCUAAAAAGCAUUGACAGCAGUGUCAAGGCUUGCGGUUUAGGAUACAUUGAUUUGUUCUUGCUUCAUUCUCCCUAUGGAGACCGUCUCGGUUCCUGGAAGGCUUUAGAAGAAGCUGUUGAAGCUGGUAAGAUUCGUGCCAUUGGUGUAUCCAACUUUGGUCCUCAUCACAUUCAACAAUUGUUGGAUCAUCAUCCCAAGAUUGUUCCUUGCAUCAACCAAAUUGAGCUUCACCCAUUCUGCUCUCAAAGCAAGGUAGUAGAAUAUUGCCAGGAGAAGGGCAUUGCUUUGGCUGCCUAUGCCCCCUUGGCACAUGGUGAAAAGUUUGGAAACAAGCAAUUAAUUGGCAUCGCCAACAAAUACAACAAGACUGAAGCUCAAAUUAUGAUUCGUUUCCUUCUCCAACGUGGUUACAUCGUUCUUCCAAAGAGUUCUACUCCCGCUCGUAUUAAGGGUAAUGGUGAAGUUUUCGACUUUGAACUCUCCAAUGAUGAAAUGAAUACAUUAUACAAUUUGGAUGAAGACUAUCAUUCUGAUUGGAACCCAUGUGUUUCGCCUCUUUAAAUUGACUCUCUCUUGCUUCAAAGCUUACAGGGAGAGAAAUAAAGAUGUUUACGCUUACAGACAACAACCCUAUAGAUUUGUGAUGCCAAGACGCUUUAAUGAAAUUGACUUAUGAUUUUAUGAUUUAUUUAGUAUAGACUGCAAUAGCAAAUGUAAAGUAAAUGAGUAUUGAGAGUGAUUUUGAAAAUAACAAUUGUGUUU